GCCAUGGCCGGCCGCAAGCGACGCCUCAGUCAUGAGGAGGAGGAAAAUUUCGGUCGCUGUCUGUCACUGCCUGGCUGCUCGGAUAACACAGCGCGGGCGAUCUGGAAUAUCGCUGGAGAGCUCAGGGAGGAUGGAGCUGCGGCGUCGCGCUCGAGUGCGUUCACGACUCGCACUGACUUGACCGCGGACGCCCUGGCUUGCUAUGAGCGGCACGAGCUGGCGGGAGAGUCUGGCAAGCCCGUCCCGAUUCUCAUCGGGGUCCUGGCGAAACUACUCCGCUACGCCGCGCGCGGGUCUCCGCCUUGGGCGACCGUCUUGGACCGCGUGUUCAAGCGGGACAAGGGCCGGAGGCUGUCCUGCGUGCUUUAUCACGACGAGCUCAUAUGCGGAAACGUCUUGGCUGUGAGGAAAGUCAAAAAAAUCUGCAUGAUAUACCUCUCAUUCCGUGAGCUGUAUGCAUCACUGAGCAAGGAAGACGCGUGGUUAACUGUAGCUGCAGUUCAGGCCAGCGUGAUCGACCGCAUCGCUGGCGGCAUGACUCGCUUGAUGACUGCGGUCGUGAAGUCUGUGCAUGCGAAGUCGCACGAGUCCGGCUUCGUGCUGGAGCUGCCAUCCGGCCCGACCUGGGUCAGGAUCCGGCCGGUGUCAUUGUUUUUAUCUGAUCAGGAAGCCCAGAGGGCUACCUGGUCAACCAAGGGAUCCGCAGGCCUGAAGCCUUGCCUCUUCUGCUUAAACGUCUUGAACAAAGGGCAGGCGGCGGCGUCUCCGUUCCAGACAAUCGACGCCCAUGAUGUUGCGCUCUUCCAGAGGUACUCCGACGAGCAGUACUUCUUGGCCGCCGAGGAGCUGGCUGAAACCGCUAGCAAGACUCGCAGAAAAGAAAGGGAGACGCUGCUGGGCGUCACCCACGUGCAAGGGAGCCUUCUCUUGGAUCCCGCGGCCCGCGGGCAUCUUCCUCCCAGCUCAGCCUGCAACGACGUGCUGCACAAUUACUUCUGUAACGGCAUUAUGACACUCGAGACUUUCCGUGACAUGGCCUGCGCGGCCGACUGGCGCCGACCUGGCCGCGGCCACUCAAGCGCCAGCGCCGAGCUGCGGCGUCUGCUGGACCGGAAGAUGUUCGACGCGGAGCUUUAUAAAGGCCAAGGCCACGAGACCGCAAGGGUGGUGCACGUCUGCCACUACUAUGUGGCGCAGAGCCUGGUCCGCUCGGGCAAGCACGCCAAGGCGACCGAGUCCUUUGCACGUUUGAGGGACGCAUGCGCUGCGCUUCGCGUCCUCAAGCACCGCCCGACCCCAAUUCAGGAUCGGGCAGCGGUGCGCGACUUGGAGCUGGCGCAAGCCCGGCAUCAGGCCGCGUACGUCCAAGCGUACGGGCCUUCGGCUGUUAAGCCGAAGCACCACCACAGGCUGCACUUGCCGGAGUCGGCUCUUAAGCUCGGCUGGCUGCCUUCGACUGAGGCGCAUGAGUCCAAGCAUCGCGUGGUCAAGGGCGGCAUGCUUGACCAUCAGAAGGCGGCGCCGCCGGAGCUGAGGCACCGCCUGGGGGACGAUUCCUUGCGCGUGUUCACGGAGAUGAAACUGAUCCGCCAACACAUCACAACUGCUGACGUGCUCCUCUGGCCCUCGCAAGGCGCCACUCUGACCACGUGCGGCUCCGUCUGGCGGCACACUGGGCGCGAGAUCUUAACGCGGCCCAGCGUGGACGCCCCCUCUACAAUUCCGGCUAUGUGGACCACGUGCGACCAGGAUUUGAUCUGCCUGCACUAG